CCUGCCUCGGCUACCGCUCCCCUCUCCUGCCGCCAUGUCCUCCACGCAGCCCAAUACCACGCUCUACAUCAAAAACCUCAACGACAAGGUCAAGAAGGAGGAGCUGCGCGCCCAGCUCUACGCCCUCUUCACCACCUACGGCCGCAUCCUCGAUGUAGUCGCCCUCAAGGGCCCCAAAAUGAAGGGCCAGGCCUUCCUUGUCUUCUCCGACCUCGCAGGCGCCACCGCCGCACUGAGGGGCUGCGAAGGUACGGUCUUCUACGAUAAGCCAAUGCACAUUGAGUACGCAAAGACCAAGUCGUACGCGACCCUGCGGAGAGAGGACCCGAACUUUGUGCCGCCGACGUCGAUCCACGUGAAGAACGCACCGAACGCGCGCGGGCUGAACGGCGCGGAGAAGCGGCAGCGGGACGAUCGGAUGGACGAGGACGCGCGCGAGUCCAAGCGGGAGAAGACGGACAAUAGCGACGACGAUGGGGAGGAGAUGGAGAUUGAGGACGAUGACGAGGGCGCCGCGAAGCAGGCUGCUCCCGCAAAUGGUCAGAUUCCUGCGGCCGUUCAACAACCGUCGGCACGGCUCAUGUGCAUCCACCUACCACAAGAGGUGACAGACGAUGUAUUAUCGGUGCUGUUCCAACAGUACCAAGGUUUCCACUCCGUCCAGGUCGUCCCUUCACCCACACCAAACGCCGCGGGACAGAAGGCCAAGAUGGCGUAUGUCACAUUCGAGUCGCCCGACCUGGCGACUGUCGCAAAAGAUGCCCUAGACGGCUUCACGCUCAAGAAGGGAUGGGUGAUGUCUGUUUCGUAUAUCUAGCUUUGUACUCUACGCCGUGUAAUCUGUAUCUCAGGACGUUGCUUUCCAGACGCUGUGCGCAAUUCUGCC